UCUUUGCUCUGAAUUAAAAAAACCCGUUAUAAAUAAUUGUAUACACUGACCACUGUCAAAUUCCCUAAAAUACACUAAAUCCAUUACUGGUUUUAUUAUUCUAUCACAAUAUUAUAUAUGAAGUGAAAAAGUCUGUUAGGUUGCCGAAAUGCAUUCAAUCACCGACCACCACGACGCACAAGUAAAGGAGGAGCCUUGGUACUCAGUAUCAGAUGUAGCGGCAGUCAAUAUACGGGGAGACAAUCUGCAUGUUACUGGUGACACUAAACAACAGUCGCUUCCACUAGAUGAGGAGUAUCGGCAAUACAAUGAAGGUAGAAGUACUGAAGAGGAGCAGUGGACUGAAACAGAGGGUAAUGGGCAGGACGUAGAUAGAGUAGUGGUUGUAAAGACUGAGUAUGUUGAUGAAAACGAAGAACCAGCAGAUGUUAAUGAUAUAUUUUGUGGUGAGGUAAAUGAUAAUGUCCUAGAACUGUAUGAGGAUCAUGAAAUAAAAAACGAGAUGGUUAUAGGACCUACAGUUGUACAAGUGGAGUCUAGUAAAUGCAUGAAGCAUGAUAUACAAAAAUCAAUACAACAGAAGAGAAGAGGACCAUCUAACAGUAAACAAGUCCAUAUGUGUGAUAUAUGCAGGAAGACAUUCAAGGAUCAUAAAACACUAAAAGACCAUGUGUUAUUGAAAAACCAUGUUGUUGAAAAGCCAUAUAGUUGCAAUGUUUGUAACAAAUGUUUUAAAAACAAGAACUAUCUACCCAGACACAUGUUGGUACAUUCCAAUGAAAAACCAUACAGUUGUGAUGUUUGUAACAAAUGUUUUAGAUACAAGGACUAUCUAAGCACACACAUGCAAAUACAUACCAAUGAAAAACCAUACAGUUGUGAUGUUUGUAACAAAUGUUUUAGAACCAAGAACUAUCUAACCAAACACAUGCAAAUACAUUCCAAAGAAAAACCAUAUAGUUGUGAUGUUUGUAACAAAGGUUUUAGAAUUAAGAUAAAAUUAAUCAGGCACAUGCGUGUACAUACCAAUGAAAAACCAUACAGUUGUGAUGUUUGUAACAAAUGUUUUAGAUACAAGGACUAUCUAAGCACACACAUGCAAAUACAUACCAAUGAAAAACCAUAUAAUUGUGGUGUUUGUAACAAAUAUUUUAAACUGAAGAAUACUUUGAAACAACACAUGUUUGUACAUACCAAUGAAAAACCAUAUAGUUGCGAUGUUUGUAACAAAGGUUUUAGAAUUAAGAUAAAAUUAAUCAGGCACAUGCGUGUACAUACCAAUGAAAAACCAUACAGUUGUGAUGUUUGUAACAAAUGUUUUAGAUACAAGGACUAUCUAAGCACACACAUGCAAAUACAUACCAAUGAAAAACCAUAUAAUUGUGGUGUUUGUAACAAAUAUUUUAAACUGAAGAAUACUUUGAAACAACACAUGUUUGUACAUACCAAUGAAAAACCAUAUAGUUGCGAUGUUUGUAACAAAGGUUUUAGAAUUAAGAUAAAUUUAAUCAGGCACAUGCGUGUACAUACCAAUGAAAAACCAUACAGUUGUGAUGUUUGUAACAAAUGUUUUAGAUACAAGGACUAUCUAAGCAUACACAUGCAAAUACAUACCAAUGAAAAACCAUAUAAUUGUGGUGUUUGUAACAAAUGUUUUAAACUGAAGAAUAAUUUGAAACAACACAUGUUUGUACAUACCAAUGAAAUACCAUAUAGUUGCGAUGUUUGUAACAAAGGUUUUAGAAUUCCGAUAAAUUUAAUCAGGCACAUGCUUGUACAUACCAAUGAAAAACCAUACAGUUGUGAUGUUUGUAACAAAUGUUUUAGAUACAAGGACUAUCUAAGCACACACAUGCAAAUACAUACCAAUGAAAAACCAUAUAAUUGUGGUGUUUGUAACAAAUAUUUUCGAAUAAAGGGUCGUUUAACCACACACAUGCUUGUACAUUCCAAUGAAAAACCAUACAGUUGUGAUGUUUGUAACAAAUGUUUUAGAACCAAGAACUAUCUAACCAAACACAUGCAAAUACAUUCCAAAGAAAAACCAUAUAGUUGUGAUGUUUGUAACAAAUGUUUUAAAGUGAAGAGUAAUUUAAACACACACUUGCUUGUACAUUCAAAUGAAAAGCCAUACAGUUGUGAUGUUUGUAACAAAUAUUUUGUAACGAAGAGAUGUUUAACCAGGCACAUGCUUGUACAUAGCAAUGAGAAACCAUACAGUUGUGAUGUUUGUAACAAAUGUUUUAGAAAAAGGAACUAUUUAAGCAGACACAUGCAAAUACAUUCCAAAGAAAAACCAAUGAAAAGCCACAUAGGUGUGAGGUUUGUAACAAACAUUUUGAAAUUAAGAGCAAUUUAACCAGGCAUAUGCUUGUACAGACCAAUGAAAAGCCACAUAGGUGUGAGGUUUGUAACAAACAUUUUGAAGUUAAGAACAAUUUAACCAGGUACUUGCUUGU